AUAGAACUUGUCCUUUCUGUUCUAACAGAGGGAUCUAUAUUUUCUUAUUGCUUUUCAGUUCCCAAUACAAAUAAACUAAUUUACAGCAUAGCCAUCAGUGCCUGCACACACCAACCAGAUUAGAUGGAAGAAUAGAAUCCGCACCAAUGCAGAAAAAAGCUUUGCCCAUCCAGUAUAAAUAUUAGGGGUAAGUUAGUAUUCUCAUUGAGGUAGACAUGGAACGAGACUCUAAAGGAAAAUCCAAUGAAGAGAAAGGAGAGGUACGAUACAGAGGUGUGCGAAGGCGGCCUUGGGGAAAAUUUGCAGCAGAGAUUCGUGACCCAGCUAGGCAAGGAGCACGCAUGUGGCUUGGGACUUUCACUACGGCAGAGGAAGCAGCAAGAGCUUAUGAUCGAGCAGCUUAUGAAAUGAGGGGUCCCUUAGCCAUUCUCAACUUCCCUGAGGAAUAUGAAAAUGUUGCUUGUCCUUCUCACUCUUCAUCAGUUAGGUUCCCUGAGGAACGUCAAAUUGUUGUAUCUCCUCCUUGCUCUUCAUCAUCUUCGCCAUCAUCAUCCUCAUUGAUGUUUGAGAAUGCAGAAAGAACUAGGGAUGUGCAUGAAAAACAAGUUUUUGAAUUUGAGUACUUGGAUGACAAGUUGUUAGAAGACCUUCUUGAGUGUGAGGAAGAGAAAACCAAGAAUGAGUGAAGGUUUUCAGAACUUGCGGGGAUUGUAACAUAAUCAUCAUUGACUUAUACCAUUAUUCAAUGUUACCGUGUUUUCUUAAUAUUUUCUGUUUUUGGUUUAAGAAAGAAAAUGAUGGAUUCAGGAUUCCACCUCUGUUAUUAUUAUUAUAUUUCAAUAUUCUAUGUACCCUUUUCGAUUUU